UUGCAGCAGGCAGCAGUGAGCAGGGGGCGGAGCCAGGGUUGGGGGCGGAGUCAGACGCAGCGUUGGGGGCGGAGUCAGUGUUGUGGGCGGGGCUUGGCGUGGCGGCUCGAUGCCUCUCAUGUAUCGCUGAUGUGUUGGUGAUCAUGGCGGGGGGGCUGGGGGGCCUGAGGAGCGGACCUGCAGCCAACGAGGCCUGGAGCCACGCCUACUCCCUAUUGGAGGAGGGGGACCUGAGGGGCGGGGUCAAAGCACUGGCAGCGCAGAGAGAUCAUUGGCUGAGCAGACCGGACCUCCUGGUUCGGGCCGCUCGUCACUACGAGGGCGCCGGACAGGUGCUGCUGCGCCGCGCCGUGAUGUCAUCGCAGAGGUUCAUCUCCAUUGGCCAGGGGGAAGCCCCGCCCCUCGGGGAGUGGCAGGAAGUGGAGUGUCCGGCCAGACUGGACCUGGCAGGUGGGUGGAGCGACACGCCGCCCAUCGCCUUCGAGCACGGCGGCUCCGUCACUAACGUGGCAGUGAGGGUCGAUGGGAAGCGUCCUAUUGGUGCUCGCGCCCGCCGGAUCCCGGAGCCCCGCCUUCUAUUGGUCAGCCACAGCGGGGGGCGGGACAGCGGCGUUUCCACGGAGACGGGAUGUGACAGCCUCGACGACCUGAGGGAUUACUGCCAGCCGCACGCACCUGGAGCCCUUCUGAUGGCGGUGUGUGUGUGCAGUG